AUGAAUGAAACUUUUGAAUAAUGUCUAUCCGUGCAAUCAGGCAAAAACAAACGUUAAAGAAGUCCAUUAUAAGUCAAAUUUGUUACUUAACGUAGUUUCUAAGCAAACAAAUAAUCACCUUCAGAAAAUGAAUAGUAACGAUUACUAUUGGACUAUUCAAGAUAAGGAUUAACAAUUUUUAAUGUAACUUAUAGUUCAUCAUAAAAGGAUGGAAUGAUAUGGAAUGGUUUAUUAUAUCUAAUGUUAAAUGAAAAUAAACUCAAAGAAUUUGAUACAAAUAUAUUUAAAAAGACUCCAUAAUUAUAGAAUUUAUCAUUAGAAGAUAAUUAAUUAUAAUAAUUUGGACCUAUUGAUUAUAAUGAUGUUCCUAAACUAUCAACACUUAAUAUUGCAAGAAACUUAUUAAAAUUUAUAGAUCCUUCAUUAUGCAAAUUGCGUUUAAAGAAAUUAUAUAUUUAAUAAAAUUACUUUACUAAUAUAACUAAACAAAUUCUAGACUUAAAUGAGACUUUAGAAGUAUUAGGUUUAGGUUGGGGUAUAUUUUGUUAAUCUUCAUUUGAUUUUCUGUUAGAAGAUUAGAAAUUGAAAGUGUUUUUUACAUUGAUAGAAGCUAUAUCUGAUGAAUUAACAUUUGAAUAAUACAUAAUGAACUAUAAAUCUAUCAGCAAUGCAGUUAUUGUUUCAUAAGGAGACAUCUUAAAUGAUAGCAUAAGUACAAAAAACCUUACCUCUCAAUAGAUUCUCAAAACGAGUAACUACUCCUCAUCCAAAUAAAGGAGUAGCUGAAUUACCAUUCACUUGAUAUUGAGACUUAAUUGAAUUACAUGAAUGAUUAUAAAUAAGUAUCUUUUUGGAAAAUACAUUUAGAAUCUCAUGCAUAUAGCAGUCAUUUAUGAUGAAAUUGGGAUUUUAGAUUAUCUAUUAAAUUAUCAUUUGGAAUUGGCUAAUUAAAUAGAUCUUAAAGGACAUACACCAUUAAGUUUAGCAAUUGAAAAGAAAUAUUAUCGUUUGGUUACUCUAAUACUAAAAUUCAAUAUUAAUGUGAAUUUAGGAGGUGGAUUAUAAUCCUCAAAUUUACAUAUUGUAGCAUAAUAAUGUCAAGUGGAAUUACUAUAAGAUUUAAUAAAUUUAGGAGCAAAUCCUGCACAAUAUGAUAUAUUUAAGGAUACUCCAUUACAUAUAGUUAGUUCAUUUAGUGAUCAUAAAAGAGUAAAAUAGUUUUAUUAAGUUAUAUUGUAAUAGCCAUUUGAUGUUAAUCAUUAUAAUUUAAAAGGAUAAACUUGUUUAGAGAUUUUAAUAGAAAAAAAUAAUUUUAUUACAUUGUAAUUCUGUAGUGAAUGGAAUACUAUAUAGAUGAGAUAAUUAAGUGAUCAAAAUUUAUUUAAUUUUUGCAGUAUAAAUCCUCAUACAAAGUUAUCUUUAUUGGAUAAAUCAAUAUUAACUAAAAGUUUUAUGAUUCAAUAAUUUUUAAUUGAUUUUUAACUUGUUCCUAUUACUUAUUAAACAUUAAUGCUUUGUUUUUUACCAAAAAUUCGUAAUGUUUUCUUAUAUAAAAUAUUAAAGAAAUAAUAAUUCAUAUAAAUUAGAAAUUAACUUAUUUUUUAAGAAGGUAAUUUAUAUGAAGAAACUGAUUCUAUUCCUAAUGUUUCUCCUCCAGUAGAAGCAGUUGAGAAACUCUAUUUUAGUGAUGAUAAUAAUUCAUUUGAUGAUGAUUAAAUGAGUAAUAUUAGUGAUAAUGCACCUGGCUAAGUAUCAGAAAAUUUAAAGUAAUUAAAUAGUUGGACUCCUAAAUUUUAAAGUAUUAGAAAUGGAAAUGUUAAUUUUAAAAAAUCAUUUUAUGAUAUCUUAUCAAAUUUAAAUGAAUGUAUACCUGAUGAUGAAAUAUCAUUAAUUCAUAUGAAUAAGGAUAUUAUAAAUAAUGGAAGUAAAUUAGUUACUAAAAAGAAUAUGGAUUAAAUAUAUAAAUCAAGAUUAGAAUAGAAAUUAAAUAGAGGGAAUAAAUAGAAUUUGAAAUAGCAUAAUUAUUCUCCAAAUAAUAUUCGAAUGAUAGAGAAUAGAAAUUCAAUAUUUAAGUAUGAUAACUAUCACUAAAAAAGAUAGUUGGCCAUUUUAUAAAAGCAAAUGCGUUAAAUAAUCGUCAGUCUCCAAAAUCAUUUGAGAGAAUCCAAUCAAUAAAAUGAAGAAGUAAUAGGUUAAUAUUGUAGAACUCAAUUUAUAAUCUUAGAUUAAUUCUUGAAUUCUAAAAUAGGAAAAGAAUUAAUCACAAUUGAUAAACCUCUAUAAACAGAAAUAAGAACCUUAAGGACAUUAAUUGAAUAAGAUAGAUUCAAACCAAAAACUGCCAAUCAAGUACUUGAUUUGUUUGAUUUAUUGAAAUGA